AUGCGAUUGGGAAGCUGGAACAUAGGAACCUUAACGGAUAAAUUGAGGGAGUUAGUAGAUGUUUUUGUUAGAAGAAAAAUGAAUAUUGUUUGUUUGCAGGAAACUAAGUGGGCUGGAGAAAAGGCUAAGGAAGUGGAUGGAACUGGUUUCAAGUUAUGGUACACAGGUAUUAACAAGAGUCAGAAUGGUGUUGGAAUUAUGAUCGAUAAAAGUUUAAGAGAUAAAGUUGUGGACAUCAAAAGAAAAGGCGAUAGGUUUAUUCUGAUUAAGCUUGUAGUGGGUGAUUUAAUCCUGAAUAUCCUUAGUGUGUAUGCACCCCAAGUUGGAUUGCAAUCAAUUGAUAAAAGCCAAUUUUGGGAAGACUUGGAAGAGGUUUUAAGGGGAAUACCCCGAAAGGAGAAUAUUUUCUUAGGAGGAGAUCUAAAUGGUCAUGUUGUUAAAAGCAAUGGAGGUUUUGAUAUAAUUCAUGGAGAUUUUGGCUAUGGGACGAGAAACGAGACUGGAGAAGAUAUCUUGAAUGUUGCACUAGCCUACUUUUGA